AUGUGGAGUCACGAUGUUAAACUUUUAGUGGUAUGUGUUGCUGUGCUCCUGCAUACAACUACAGGGAGGUGCAUAUCCUGUCAUUAUCCUCAAAACUCACGAAGCAAGAUUCGGCGUGAUGAAGACGGUGAUGUCGUGGUUCUACAAAUCCCGUCAGAACAAAAGACGUUAUCCGAUCACUACGAUAUCAAAACUGAGCCACCACCGGCACCGAAAAAAGUCGCGAAAAGAAAAGGUUGUUGUCCCUAUGAAUUUGAUAGCUCCAAUUGUAGAACAGGAAAUGAUCGCGUUCAAUGUGGUUAUGAUAAAAAUGUAGGGGGACUUAGUCCGGAUGAAAUCCAAAAGGAGUUGUCAGGAGGAUGUAGGUUGCGUUUUGGCAGAAUAGAAUGUGGCUAUUGGUAUCCGCCAUAUGUCAACGUCAGACGACCGCUAGCAUGGGACAAUCCUCCUCCGGUAAUAAUGCAACCCGUCGGUUUUGAUAGAAAUGGUCCCCAAAAACUGAAAAUGGUGAAAGCUAGCAGUAACUCUCCUUCAAACACGAGAAAUAGGAAAUUAGUCUCAAAGUUCGUUAAUACCCUUGAGAUGCUUGACAGUAGUAAGGUGUUAAGGCUUAGAAAAAGCCCCGAGAAUAACUAUAGUAGAGUGCAACAGCGUAAUGGACCUCGAGGGAAUCAAAUUAAUUGUGUAGAGAUUGACGAUCGCAUUGUUUGUAAACCUAUUUAAAAACCGUUACUGUUAUAAAUUAGGUAAUUUGUAUAAUAGGCAAAUGAGAUCGAAAAAACAUUUUAGCACAUAUUAUUUAAAGAUAAAAGUUGUUUGGCCAUUGUUCAGUGUUAAGUAUGAUAAGUCCUUUCAUUAAGAUUGGCUGAGGUCAGGUUCUGUACGACAUCUGAGUUUUAUAGAAUAGUGUUCUAGGCAAUUGACGUUUGUCAUAACAUUUUUGUACGACUUUUUUCCAGACAUAUUUCAAAAUUAUUGUUUCUUUCUUGUCUAGACUUGUACUUGUUCUCAUGAAAAAAAAUUUUUACGCAUGCAAUAAGCGUCUUGAGUUUUGACGUCGAUUUCAUAAAUAUUAUGUACUUUGAAACUUUUUUCUUUACACUAAAAGAGUGUUCAAUAAAAUUGAAACACGAAGCGCCUGAACCAAACAAUUAGUUAAAGCGCAAUCUAAGGAAUUUGAUGAGGAUAUUUUUUUGUAUUAUAUACCGACGGUUAUCGUAUGAAAUUAUCCUAUAGGUUUUUAGUUAAUUUAUUAUUACUGUACAUUAUUGUUCCCAAGUUGCAAAAGGGUUAAUGAAGUAAAUUGUGACAAUGUCGACUGUCUAUC